CUACACACAAGGAAGUAUCAUAGCUAGUGCGGUCUAGCAUAUCACUGAGAGGCAAGAGGUGCUGACGUAUACGAGACAAUGACUACAAACAUAUUAUUGAGGAUUUUCAUUCAGUGGAUCAGCGUUGUAAGUGUGUUGUGUAGCGCAUCUAGACCUGACAUAAACAAGUGUCGGAUAGUUGAAACUGACCAAGAAGUACUUGUGAACUGUUCAGGAAUGGCCUUGGAUGAUGUUCCCAAAGGCUUUCCAAACAAUGUGUCAGUUAUUGAUUUGACACAGAAUAAUAUAAGCAGCAUUGGAAACAUGUCGUUCCCUUAUCUCCCGGAAGCCCACACACUCAGCCUGUACAGAAACAGAAUCACUCAUCUUGAAGCAGGAUCUCUCAAGAGGUUACCAUCUCUGACUAAACUUGAUCUUGGAAAGAACAAGCUAAACCUCACUUCCUUAGCUCUUCCAUCAGGUCUGUUUGAAAAUAUUCCAAUAAAACUCCUACUUUUGAGCGAUAUGGACAUUCAGGAAGACGACUGGUGCUACGCGGAAGAGACAUUUUCACAGCUGCUGGACAUGGAAGAACUUGCCAUCGAUUCUCCGCUGAACCCAAAUUUUGGUUUUGGAUUUGCCAAGAUGGCAAAAUUGCAGCGUUUGACAGUAAGGUUUUGUCACAACGGAACACUACAUGAAAGUGCACUUGAUAUAUUCAUGAACGUGAAUCUGACCAAACUCCAGGUAUCUGCAUGUAGUAAAGGGGAGAUAGAUAAUAACUUGGUGUCUAAGUUCCCCGGACUGGACAUCUUAGACAUCAGAAAUGCAGUAAGUAACGACUUAUCAGAACGUUUGCAUAAUUUGAGUUAUUAUUCAAAUAGUUCCAUGACCAGAAUUUCUUUUAUAGCAAACUUUAAAAGAGAAGAGAAACAUAAGUGCUUCAUGUUAAGCAGACACAUGAUGCGUUUUCUUGCUACAAUGUGUGUUUCCGAGCUUUUUCUUGUAGGCAAUAGAAUUGUCCUUAUUGAACACGGUGCUUUGACAAUAGAACCCUUUUCACUGUGCCUUCGUAGUUUAGAUCUUAGCCACAAUCUAAUUAUUGACGAGUAUUCCCUACUACAAACACUCACUUGUUACCAGAAUUUGACUUCUUUUACCUUUGAACAAACUGAACAAGAUUUUAAAUUGGUUGAUAGGAAAUACCCUUUUUUUGACUCACACUCAGUGUUUCAGAAUUCUAAUGAUGAGAUGGUAUUACCAAGGGGUAAUCAUGUCCAGUGCGUCUUCUCCGCAACUUCGAUCGGAGGUAGUAAAGAACUGAAUUUACACAUGACUUCGACUGUAAGAGAAUCUUUAGGUUUACCUUAUCCUUCAAAACUUAACUUUCUUUACUUUGCACCAUAUCUGAAACCAUUUGAUAAUUUUUUGGAUAACCUGAUAUUCACUGGAACCAAGGAAUGGAAAACAGUAGUGUUUGCUAAUUGUUCUGUAGAAGCAAAAGACGUCCGAAUUAAGGGUCUAGAAAACCUCCAAGAGUUGCAUAUUUCCGGAAGUGGUUUUACCGACCCACCAGUGGCUUUAUUCAAAUCAUUUAGCUCGCUGAAGGUCCUUUCAUUAGAUCAUAUUACUGCUGGGUUCCACUUAAUUACUGAUAAUAUGAAACGAGUAUUUACGAAUUUGCCACAUCUUAAAGAAUUACAUUUGUUAAGUAACGGGCUCACUGAUUUACCUCGCGAUGUAGAGGCUAUACCAAAUAUAUCAUUAAUAGAUCUAUCCUACAAUUUAAUAUCCCACUUUACUGGUGAUGUAAGAGAGAGGUUGGAUAAUAUGGUGUCCGAACAUCAGAACCUCUCUGUCAAUCUUCGAGGAAAUCCCCUGUUAUGUGACUGUACGCAUUUGGACUUCAUCAUUUGGUUGAAAGGGACUGGGGUAAAAUUUGUUGACGGCAAAUACUACACAUGCAUCAACUACAGAGGACAAACGGUACAUUUCAAGGAUAUUGCAAAUGCGUCUGAAAGACUUUGGAGAGAAUGUAAUGCCCCCCUUUGUCUAUCACUUGCUGUAUGUUUUUUGUUUCUGUUUUUGUUGGGACUCUCACUCAGUUCACAUAUCGCAAGAAAUGCUCAUCUUUUGAAUCGAUGGAUCGUGAAACGACUGGGCUUAAAUUUCCAAAGAUAUUUUACAUAUGAUGUAUUCGUUUAUUAUUCAGCAAAUGAUAACUAUGAACAGAUGAUUGAUACAUUCUCAGAGGAAAUAGAAACCAGUAGAGAUCUCACGCUAUGCAUUCCUGAGAGAGAUUUCGAACCAGGGGUACACACAUGUGGAGAGGUCGUCGAUGCCCUGAACAACAGCUGGAAGACUGUCAUCUUUCUCACUGAAGCGUUUCUUGAGGACGAGUUGUGUUGCUUCAGGCUUGCAUCUGCUGUUGAUGCUUGUCAGUAUAUCAAACCAGAUAGGUUUAUCAUCCUUUACACAAAUGCAAUUCUUCGUCAUCCAAUGCCAACAAUUAUCAACCAACUGUUGAACAAAGACAACAUAUUGUCAUUGGAAACGACAUAUCAGGAGGAUAUUUGGGAACAUCUGUACAACAGGAUCAUGAGUAAGGAUUAGCGUUCUGUUGAACUCCAUUCUCACCGCGUAGUGUACUUACUUAUGGUGGCGCUGGUGUAAUCUAGUGGGUAAAGACACCCGGGUUCGAUUCCCUACAUGAGUACAAUGUGUGAAGUCCAUUUCUGGUGUCCCCCCGCCGUGAUGUUGCUGGAAUAUUGCUGAAACCGGCGUAAAACUAAAACACACUCACUGAAACUCACUUAAGGACAGAACGUAUCCAGAUAGUUAUCUGACUUCGUGGACAUGAUUUUACGCCGCUUUUAGCAAUAUUCCAGCAAUAGAAUUACCAGGGCACAUCGGAUUUUGGUUUCACACAUUCUACCCAUAUGGAGAUCGGACGUUCAAACGCUUUAACCGGUCUGUUACACCGUCGUCACAGGAGUUGAUUGAACAAAG